AUGGAAGAAAUAGAUAGAUCAUCGUUAGCUUCAGCUUCAUCAUCUCCAAUUCGUUCAUAUCAUCGUGGUAACGGUACAUUACGUGGUGGCGGUAUACAAAAAAUCUAUCAUAAUGGACCGACUUUUAAAGCAUUUAAACGAAAAUUAGAUCAUCGAUUGGGAUAUUGUAUUAUUGGUUGUUUGAUUACAAUUGCUGUGGUUUUGACAAUAUUUGGUUUAUUUCAUGAAACAGCACAUCAGGAAUUAACACAAUAUAUCGAAUCAUCACGUCAAAUGAUUAUCAAUUCACAAUCAUCAAGUACCAAUGCUGCUGUUAUUGAUUUAUCAGAAACUACUUCUAGCGAAGAGAAUGAGGAAAUUUUGCAUGAUGAUAAUGAUGAUGAUGAUAUUUGGAUAAAUGAAAAUUUAUUUGAUAAUGAAACAACAAUACCGAUGGAAAUGAUGGUAGGAGAUGAGUUACAAAAUGAUAAUGAAGAAUCAAAUGAGAUAUUAAGCAUUCCAUAUAAUGAACCAGUUACUUGCAUUGGAACCGAAAAUGUUGAUAAAGAAAAAUGUUUAGUAGCUGCCGAACUUGAUGAAUAUUACAACAUAUUACACAAGUCACAUAUAGCUUUGUGGAAUUUAGCCGUUGUAAAUAUUAUUGUUGCAAUAUUUCUUUCACCAUUAACAUUUAUGGCAAAUUCUGAAAUUGUUAGAAAUAGCCACUACAAAUUAUUUUAUCGUGUUGUUCUAUUUUUGGUAUUAUUCUUUAUGGCUGCACAACUAAUUAUAUUAAUUAAUCCAUUGCUGUACAGUUCAUUUAUGUAUCCUACUAUCGUCGAUAAACUUUUCACUGAAAAACUUCCACGAGAGAAGAAAUUAACUAAUCGAGUGGAAUCACGAUUUGCCUGUCAAUUUGAUUAUAUCAGUCAGCUGGUAGAACUUAGCUUACAGGAACCAUGCAUUCCACGUAUUAAGAAUGUAUUAUUAUUACCAUAUGCAAUAGUAUUAAUGAUCAUUAUUGAUUUAAUACCAUUUAUAUUCAUAUUUUUUACCUAUGCCUGGGAUAGAUGGCUUAAAGAUUCACCAUUUUGUAGUAUCGCUAGGAGCCGUAUCGAACUAAACAAUCAACGAAGGCCGCAAUCACGUGAGGAUAUAUUGAAGAAAAUAAUGUUAGAACCACAUUAUGUAUGA